UAACCCUGUGUGUGUUUGAGAUGGCGGUCAGAACGGAGACCACAAGGGCCGAAUGAGUAUCGCCUAUAUGUCCAUCAACCUUUAAGGAAUACAAGCCCAUAGUAUUGUUUUUACCAAUAUAAAUUCUUUAGGGAGACAGAGCAAAGAUAUGGAUGGUGGGAAACCCUCCUUACCUCUGGUGUAUCAGGCCGUGCAGGCACUUUACCACGAUCCGGACCCUGCCGGCAAGGAGCGAGCGUCGGUGUGGCUCGGAGAACUGCAGAGAUCGAUGCAUGCAUGGGAGAUCUCAGAUCAGCUCCUGCAGCUGAAGCAGGACGUGGAGUCAUGUUACUUUGCGGCUCAGACCAUGAAGAUGAAGAUCCAGACAUCAUUCUAUGAGCUUCCACAGGAGACGCACAUCGCACUGCGCGACUCUCUCCUCUCACACAUCCAGAAUCUCAAAGAUUUAUCACCAAUUAUAGUCACACAGCUUGCCCUGGCAAUCGCUGAUCUUGCCCUUCAGAUGGCCUCAUGGAAGGGCUGUGUCCACACACUCAUAGAAAAGUAUAGUAACGACGUGACCUCAAUGCCUUUCCUGAUCGAGAUCCUCACUGUGCUCCCAGAGGAGGUGCACAGCCGCUCUCUGAGGAUCGGUUCGAAUCGGCGGACGGAGAUCAUAGAGGACCUGGCCUUCUACUCUACCACUGUGGUCACGCUGCUAAUGACAUGUGUGGAGAAGUCAGGGAGUGACGAGAAGAUGCUGAUUAAGGUGUUCCGCUGCCUGGGCAGCUGGUUUAACCUGGGCGUUCUUGAUAGCAACUUCAUGGCCAACAAUCAGCUGCUCAUGGUGCUCUUCCAAGUGCUGCAAAGGGACGAGACCCCCACAAACCUGCACGAGGCCGCGUCUGACUGCGUGUGCUCUGCGCUCUAUGCCAUCGAGAACGUGGACACGCACAUGCCACUGGCCAUCCAGCUCUUCCAGGGCGUGCUGACGCUCGAGGCGGCCUACCACAUGGCCGUGGCCCGCGAGGACCUCGAUAAGGUGCUGAACUACUGCCGGAUCUUCACUGAGCUGUGUGAGACAUUUAUGGAGAUUACAGUACGGACGCCUGGGCAAGGUUUGGGAGACCUACGCAUCCUGGAGCUGCUGCUAAUUUGUGCUGGUCAUCCCCAGUAUGAGGUGGUGGAGAUCUCCUUCAACUUCUGGUACCGGCUGGGCGAGCACCUGUUCAAGAUGAGCGACCCAGGACUGCAUAACGUCUUCAGGCCGUACAUCCAGAGACUGCUGCACAGCCUGGCGCGUCACUGCCAGCUUGACCCUGACCACGAGGGAAUCCCAGAAGACACGGACGACUUUGGGGAAUUUAGGAUGAGGGUCUCCGACCUCGUUAAGGAUGUGAUCUUUCUCGUGGGCUCGGCAGAAUGUUUCUCCCAGUUGUACUCAACUCUGAAAGAGGGGAACCCACCCUGGGAAGUGACCGAGGCUGUACUCUUCAUCAUGGCCUCCAUCGCCAAGAGUGUAGAUCCUGAGAAUAACCCCACCCUCACAGAAGUACUAGAGCAGGUGGUGCUUCUUCCCCAGACGGUGCACCUCGCAGUGCGCUACACCAGCAUUGAGCUCGUGGGAGAGAUGAGUGAACUGGUGGACCGCCACCCGCGCUUCUUGGAUCCCGUGCUGCACUACCUCAUGAAGGGACUGCGGGAGAAGCCACUGGCGUCGGUGGCUGCUAAGGCCAUCCACAACAUCUGCUCCGUUUGCAGGGAUCACAUGGCGCAGCACUUCCAGGGCCUGCUCGACAUCGCCCGCUCCCUCGACUCCUUCGCCCUGUCCACCGAUGCCGCCAUCGGCCUGCUCAAAGGCACUGCUCUGGUUCUGGCUCGUCUCCCGCUGGAGAAGAUAGCCGAGUGUCUGAGUGACCUGUGCUCCGUCCAAGUCAUGGCUCUGGAGAAGCUGCUGUCUCAGGACUCCAGUAAUGGAAAAUCGUCAGAUCCCACAGUGUGGCUGGACAGAUUAGCAGUCAUCUUCAGACACACAAAUCCCAUUGUAGAAAACGGGCAGACCCACCCCUGUCAAAAAGUCAUCCAGCAGAUCUGGCCCGUGCUGUCGGAGACGUUGAAUGCCCACCAGGCAGAUAACCGCAUCGUGGAGCGCUGCUGCCGCUGCCUGAGGUUCGCUGUGCGCUGCGUGGGCAAGGGCUCGGCCUCCCUGCUGCAGCCACUCGUCACACAGAUGGUGAAUGUGUACCAGGUUUAUCCUCACUCCUGCUUCCUGUACCUGGGCAGCAUCCUGGUGGAUGAAUAUGGGAUGGAGGAGGGCUGCAGACAAGGCCUACUGGACAUGCUACAGGCCUUGUGCAUGCCCACCUUCCAGCUGCUGGAGCAACCCAAUGGCUUGCGCAACCAUCCUGACACCGUCGACGACCUGUUCAGACUUGCUACUAGGUUUGUCCAGCGCAGUCCUGUAACGUUGCUAAGCAGUAGCAUCAUCAUCCACAUCAUCCAGUGUGCCAUCGCAGCGACGACCCUGGACCACCGGGAUGCCAACUGCAGUGUCAUGAAGUUUGUCAGAGAUCUCAUUCACACGGGUGUCUCAAACGAUCAUGAGGAUGACUUUGAGGUGCGGAAGCGUCUGAUUGGCCAGGCCAUGGGGCAGCAUGGUCAGCAGCUGGUCACGCAACUCAUCCACACUUGCUGCUUCUGUCUACCCUCAUACACACUGCCCGACGUCGCCGAAGUGCUCUGGGAGAUCAUGGUCUUCGACCGGCCGACCUUUUGCCGGUGGCUGGAGUCCGCACUGAAGGGAUUGCCCAAGGAGAUGUCGGGAGGGGCUGUAACAGUCACUCAUAAGCAACUCACAGACUUUCACAAGCAGGUCACAAGUGCGGAGGAGUGUAAGCAGGUGUGCUGGGCAGUGCGAGAGUUCACCAGACUUUACCGAUAGCUGUGUUCACCCUACCACACUGCAGCGCCAGGUCAAAUCUUUUGUUUGCAAACAUUCAGAGGUGACGACCAGGGGGGUCAGAAAUGUCUGUUUUGAGAAACUAAAGAGAACUCCUGUAUGAAGGAUGGGUGGGACUUGGCACCGUUGGAAGCCCAGUGAGAAGCAUCGCAGCUUUGGAGUGAUGGGGGGGGCCCAGGAAAACGCCUCGAGGGUGCGAAAGGACGAACCCACCCCUCCCCUUACCCCCUCGCUAAGCACACCGGUGCCAUGGCUACAGCAAGGAGUGGCAAGCUUCUUGUUGGGGGAAGAGUGUGGGAACACUUACACCCAUCUUCUGAAAGACCAUAAAAUGGAAAAAGAAAAAAAAUAAGGACGUGCCUGGUUGCCAAUCGUAACGCAUUGUAGACAAAAAAAGACUUGUACAGUUUUAAAAAGAAAUGGAGAGAUUUAUUUUCAUGGACGUGUGUUUAGGAUUUGGAACUUGCCAUUGCUGUCAUGCCAUCAGAAAGGAAGAGGAAAAGUAGGUGUGCUUGCACAUGACAGCAGCUUGUGGCAACCGCAGAUGGCAGCAGAAGGGGAAUGCUGGGAGAUUUGGUGUCACCUUUGACCUUUUUAAAGCUGGCGGAAGUUUUACCAUUAUGAAUUGCCAGGUGAAGGUAACGUGAGAUAAACUGGCAGUCAGAUUUAUAUAUAUAUAUAUUUUUUUUGUUCUUCCACCUUUUUGGCAUUGCCUGUCUCUGAGAGGAGCCAAUUUCCUCUGACAGCGUGUAGCCAUCUCUAGAACAAUAAAAGCUAAACCGCAGUGAGGAGCAAA